CGAUUUCGCCCUGCUAACUCGCCUUUCUUGGUGCCCCUUCUCUGUCCUCCUGCCUCGCUUUUCCGGGGCUCGUCGGGGAUGAACGCCGAAGAAGGUAUGGGACGCCUCCCUCGACUCGAUCGAGCAACAACCUCGAGUGGGAUAUAUAGCUCGCUGUCUGGGACCCCGGUGGCCAUCAGUCCUGGUCUGUACAAAUCGCUUCUCAGUCACUCUUCUCAGCUUGAAAGGCAUCGCCCGCCAGACACGACAAACCCCGACCUACCGCUACAACCUCUACGAAGACCCGACGAACACGAUGACGGGAACUGGCGCCGUUAACACUUCCGGCCCGAACGCCAACCUCGACUCGCUCCUCAGCGGACGAGACAUCAAAUGGUACAAGGGUCGACAGGCACUCUUGACCCUCAUGAUCGGCUUGGUCCUCUUGACCUCGAUGACGAACGGAUACGAUGGUUCCAUGAUGAACGGUCUCCAGACCGUGGAGAACUGGCAGAUCUACUUUAACCGACCGACCGGAUCCCUUCUGGGUAUCUUCAACGCCUGUCAAUCGAUAGGAGGUAUCGCCGGUCUGCCCUUCUCCGCCUAUGUUGCCGACAAGUUCGGACGACGAGCUGCCAUCUUCUUUGGUUCUUGCAUCAUGUUGGCCGGAGUCGCCAUCCAGACCGCUGCGCAGUCCAUCGGAAUGUUCAUUGGUGCCCGAACCCUCAUCGGAUUCGGUCUCACUUUCGCCUGUACCGCCGCUCCUCUCUUGAUCACCGAGUUGGCGUUCCCUACCUACCGUGGACCCUUGACCUCGCUGUACAACUCUUCCUGGUACCUCGGUUCCAUCGUCGCCGCCUGGGCUACCUACGGAACUUUCCGAAUCAACAACACUUGGUCUUGGCGAAUCCCCUCCCUCUUGCAGGGACUCCCUUCCAUGAUCCAGGUCAUCCUCAUCUUCAUGAUCCCCGAAUCGCCUCGAUGGAACAUCAACAACGGAAAGGAACAGCGUGCUAUGGAUUUCUUCGUCAAAUGGCACUGUGCCGGAGACGCUUCGGACCCUCUCGCCAAGUACGAAUUCGACGAGUGCAAGGCCGCCAUCGAGCUUGAGAAGGAGGCUUCGCAAAGCUCUACCUGGCUCAGCUUGUUCAAGGGCAGGGGUAACCUGAAGAGGAUGAGGAUCAUUAUCGCCAUCGCCUUCUUCUCCCAGUGGUCCGGUAACGGUCUCGUCUCUUACUACUUGAACUCGGUCCUCAUCUCUGUCGGUGUCGCCAAGGCCGAGACCCGAACCCUCAUCAACGGAAUCUUGCAACUCACCAACUACGCCACUGCCAUCUUCGGUGCCAUGAUGGUCGACCGACUCGGACGACGAUUCUUGUUCUUGGCCAGUACCAUCGGAAUGACCGUUUUCUUCACUCUCUGUACCGCCUGUGCCGGUGUAUACAACACUUCUUCCGUCGUCUCGGUCACCGAGGACGGCACUACCUUGCACUCUGCCACCGGUGCCGGUCGUGCUUUCAUCGCCUUCAUCUUCAUCUACUACGCCUUCUACAACUUGGCCAUGUCCCCCUUGCUCGUCGCCUACACCGUCGAGAUCUUGCCCUUCCGAAUCCGAGCCAAGGGUUUGGUCAUCAUGAACUUGGCCGUCAACAUCACCCUCGUCUUUAACCAAUACGUCAACCCCGUCGCUCUCGGUGCCAUCGAGUGGAAGUACUACAUCGUCUACUGUGUCUUCUUGCUCUUCGAGGUCGUCUUCAUCUACUUCUACUUGGUCGAGACUUUCCGACAACCGUCUUUGGAGGCCAUCGCUGCCAUCUUCGACGGAGACGAGAAGGUCGAGCAAUUGCACGACAGGACCGUCGAGGAGCUGGCUCACGACCCUUCGUACGACGAGAAGAAGCAGGGCGACGUCGACCACCUCGAGCACAAGAACCUCGCCUAAGCGGAUGGAGGAAUGAAGGGUACUUGGCUAUAUGCCGAGUAAAGUGGGGUUGCGGGUGGAUUAGCUGAAUGCGGAGUCCGCUUUCGAGCUAGUCACAAAUAGGAAAUGUAAUUUGUACUCUAAUCACCUUUGUUAUUAUUUUCCACCGAGUUGUUUUAUGGGAUACUAUGUUCUUUGA